AUGCAAUCAAAAUAUGGUGUUCAGCCAGGCGAUUUCUAUAACUUCGAUGAGACCGGCUUUGCCAUGGGCAUGAUCAGAGCGACAACGGUUGUGAUAAGCAGUGAACGGACAGCCCGGGCAAAGGCUAUCCAGCCAGGGAACCGGGAGUGGGCAACAGCUAUCUGCUGCAUUGCAGCAGAUGGGUACGUCCUCCCCCCUUGUCUUUGCGUGCUUGGGCGGCACCACCUUGCAACAUGGUAUGCGGACAACAACAUCCCGGAGGAUUGGGUUGUCAAACCCACCGACAAAGGCUGGACGGACAACACUACUGGUCUGGAAUGGCUUAUGCACUUAAAUGGUGAGGAUGGGCUGAGUGACUGA